GGUCCAGCGGCCAGAGGCACUGAGUGUGAGGGCUUCAGACUCUGGAGAGGGGCUGUGCAAACACACAGGACAUCGCCAAGGAGGGCAGGUGAAGCUGUCUUCCCUGUCCCAAGACUCUGUGGAUAUGAAAGGCCUCCUGCUCCUGCCCCUUCUGCUGCUGGGGACAGUUUCGGCUCUUUAUCUGGAGAAUGAUGCUCCCCAUCAGGGCAGAGGAGAGACUCAAGCAGACCUGAGGCAGGAUCUGGAAGGCUCAGGAGAACAGGAGCGAGAGCUGGCCCUGAAUGAUGAAGUGCCUGAGUCAGAGGGAGAGGCCAGGGCUCCCAGCUCUCAAGAUGCCUUUGUGGAUGAGGAGGCCAUGGAGUCAGACCAAGCUGCCCUAGAUGAGAAUGUGGAGUGUCCCAGGGAAGAGGACAGAGUUCUAAUGCAGGCCAGUACUGGGGAUCAUUCCCCCUUGUACGUGUUGGUGUGGACCCCAAGGACAUUUAACGAAGCUCAGAAAAUUUGUGGCAGGUGCCACCCAGGAAACCUGAUCUCCAUCCACAGUUACAGGACAAACCGUUUCUUCCAGCGCUGGACCAGUAGGUACAACCAACGACUGUACUGGAUUGGAGGCUACAUCACAUACUGGCACCGGUACAGGAGAUUUCGGUGGACUGAUGGGAGUCAUUGGAAUUUUCAAUUCUGGGCCCGAGGGCAUCCUAGGAAUGGGAGCGGUCGCUGUGUGUCCUUUUCUUCCAGAGGGGGUCACUGGCGACGAACGUCAUGCAAAAGGCGCCUGCCCUUCAUCUCCAAGCCGAUGAAUAAAGCCAGACUUCCCACAGCAUUCCCCGACCCUUGUUUCUUCUUCGUGCGCUUUGCAGGACUCCUCUGGGUUGGAAAACCCUCGAAGCACGCCCUCCUGCUUCGGGGUUGGGGCAGCUACAUGUGGCAGGAGGCAGGCCCCUGGAGUGCCAGCCGAGAGCAGGGCCCACCGCCCAGUAUAAGGGCUGCCUCUGGGGUCCAGCGGCCAGAGGCACUGAGUGUGAGGGCUUCAGACUCUGGAGAGGGGCUGUGCAAACACACAGGACAUCGCCAAGGAGGGCAGGUGAAGCUGUCUUCCCUGUCCCAAGACUCUGUGGAUAUGAAAGGCCUCCUGCUCCUGCCCCUUCUGCUGCUGGGGACAGUUUCGGCUCUUUAUCUGGAGAAUGAUGCUCCCCAUCAGGGCAGAGGAGAGACUCAAGCAGACCUGAGGCAGGAUCUGGAAGGCUCAGGAGAACAGGAGCGAGAGCUGGCCCUGAAUGAUGAAGUGCCUGAGUCAGAGGGAGAGGCCAGGGCUCCCAGCUCUCAAGAUGCCUUUGUGGAUGAGGAGGCCAUGGAGUCAGACCAAGCUGCCCUAGAUGAGAAUGUGGAGUGUCCCAGGGAAGAGGACAGUGUUCAAAUGCAGGCGAGCACUGGGGGCCAGACCUACUAUGUGUUGGUGAGGAGACUAAGGACAUUUAAGCAAGCUCAGUAUGUUUGCAGAAGGUGCUACCGUGGGAACCUGAUCUCCAUCCACAAUUAUCGGACAAACCGUUUCAUCCAGCGCUGGACCAGUUCACGCAACCAAGCACGUUUCUGGAUUGGAGGCUUCAUCAGACACUGGACCCGGUGCACAAGAUUUCGGUGGACUGAUGGGAGUUGCUGGAAUUUUCAAUUCUGGGCCCGAGGGCAUCCUAGGAAUGGAAGUGGUCGCUGUGUGUCCAUGUGUGCCAGAGGGGGUCACUGGCGACGAACGUCAUGCAAAAGGCGUCUGCCCUUCAUCUGCUCUAUCUAAGCCAGAGGCAAGGAGCCCCUGCCUUGGAGCCGCUCGCUCCCUCGACGCCCUCCUGGAUGCCCCCACCCACUCCUGUGCCCCAGCCAAGCCGAUGAAUAAAGCCAGACUUCCCACAGCA